UUCAAAGUUUGAUUGUGGGGUAUGGGUUUUUCUUUUAAAAAUAAGUGUUGGGGGUCUUUUGAGGAGGGGAGGCAGAGGAAGCCACUAAACAUUGUAACAUUUUGGAGAGGUUAUUCCAAAACAUUAUGUGACAGUUGGGAAUGCUCUGGGCCACCAGGAUGACGCGCGCUUGCCAGUAUGGGCAGCAGAGUUGCAUGUCGACGACCCUGAUACAGUCUGGGUCCGAGAAAUACCUAAAGGCUGGCCUGGCUCCUGAGUGCCCCUCGCCCUGGGUGAGGGUUUCCUGGCUGUUGAGCGAGGCAGGAACGGCAGGUUUGAGCCCCUCUGGAUUUUCCGCAUGGAGUUGCUUGCGCGUCGCAGGAGCGAAAUGUCAGAGAGAAUUCAAAUGAACUUCACCCAAACACAGACUGGCUUGGACUACAGGGGCCAGAGGCAACUUGUCAAAAGUUGUUCUCCAGGCUACACCUUUAAGAAGAACAGAGUUUAAAGUGCAUUUGCUCAGGCUCUGCCAUCUCCAUCCCAUUUUGAACUUUGAACUGACCCUGGGCUAGGUCUCAGAGGAUCUGACAUAAUCCCAGCAUUGCUAUACAUCCAUGGCAGAGCCUACUCAACAAUUUAAAACCAGUGAAAAUUCCAGCUCAAGAAUGACCCAAAAGAAAUCAAAGCUUUGUUGCAGAGCCAAUGUGUAUACGCAAGUGCCUGAUGGAGGAUGGGGUUGGGCCGUAGCUGUUUCGUUUUUCUUCGUUGAAGUCUUCACAUAUGGCAUCAUCAAGUCAUUUGGGGUCUUCUUUAAUGACUUAAUGGACAGUUUUGAUCAAUCUAACAGCAAGAUCUCAUGGAUAGUAUCAAUAUGUGUGUUUGUCUUGACAUUUUCAGCUCCCCUCUCCACGGUCCUGAGCAAUCGCUUUGGAACCCGCAUAGUGGUGAUGGGGGGCGGGCUGCUGGUCAGCACCGGGAUGGUGGCCGCCUCCUUCUCGCAGACAGUUUACCACAUGUAUGUCACCAUUGGGAUCGUCUCGGGCUUGGGAUACUGCUUUAGUUUUCUCCCCACUGUCACCAUCCUGUCACAGUACUUUGACAAAAGACGCUCAGUGAUCACCGCGGUCGCUUCCACGGGAGAGUGUUUUGCCGUGUUUGCCUUUGCACCAGUUAUCACAGCCCUGAAGGAGCAGAUCGGCUGGAGAUACAGCCUGCUCUUUGUGGGCCUGCUACAGCUAAACAUCGUCGUCUGUGGGGCAUUGCUAAGGCCAAUUAUUAUCAGAGCACCGGAGUCACCGAAAGCAGUCACCCACGAAAACCGCAAAGAAGUGCAAUAUAUGCUUGAAAAUGAGAAAACACGAACCUCACUAGACUCCAUUGACUCAGGAGUAGAACUAACUACCUCACCGAAAAAUGUGCCUAGUCAUGCUAAUGCAGAGCUGGAGCCCAGGGCUGACCAGCAGAUCCUGGGGAAAACCAGCGCCACGCACAGCGAGAAGAAAGUCCCGUUGUUAGACUUCUCCAUUUUGAAAGAGAAGAGUUUUAUUUGUUAUGCACUAUUCGGUCUGUUCGCCACACUGGGAUUCUUUGCACCUUCCUUGUACAUCAUUCCUUUGGGCAUUAGUCUGGGCAUUGACCCCGAUCGCGCUGCUUUUUUAUUAUCCACAAUGGCAAUUGCUGAAGUUUUUGGAAGGAUCGGAGCUGGUUUCCUCCUCAACCGAGAGCCCAUACGGAAGAUCUAUAUCGAGCUCAUCUGCGUCGUCUUACUGACCGUGUCUCUGUUUGCCUUUACUUUUGCUACUGAAUUCUGGGGUCUCAUGUCAUGUAGCAUAUUUUUUGGGGUUAUGAUUGGAACAAUAGGGGGGAGCCACAUUCCAUUGCUCGCAGAGGAUGACGUGGUGGGAAUUGAGAAGAUGUCCUCGGCUGCCGGUGUCUAUGUGUUCAUCCAGAGCAUAGCAGGGCUGGCAGGACCGCCCCUGGCAGGUCUGCUCGUGGACCAAAGCAAGAUAUACAGCAGAGCCUUCUACUCCUGCGCAACUGGCAUGGCUGUGGCCGCUGUGUGCCUCGCCCUGGUGAGACCGUGUAAGCAGGGAUUGUACCAGGAUCGUCAUUCAGGUCAAAAAAAACCAGAGAGCCAUCGCGGGAAGGCAUUACAGGACAUCCCCGAGGACUUUCUGGAGAUGGAUCUUGGGAAAAUUGAUCCUAGAGUUCAUGUGACAAUAGAGCCAGUAUGACAGGUUUUCGUGUUGGCUGGAAAAGGGGGACCCUGGGGACACGGGGGGCCCUGGGGACACGGGGGACCCUGGGGACACAGCGGACAGCGGGGCUGAGAAGAGCCAACCACUCAACUCCGCUUUCAAAGCUGCAUUUUAAAGGGAAUGUACAUGUGGACAGCACUACCAACAUCUUUUUUUCUUUUUUUUGCUAUUGUUUUUUGUUUUGUUUUGUUUUUGAAGCCAAAACAAAAACCACCAUAUAUAAGUCUGGCUCUAUUCAAUAGCAAUACAAAGGUAUAUAGAAGGAUCCUUUGGUUCACAUUCCACUAUUAAAAUAGUGACAUGAAUUAGCAAAGUUGGGGGGGGUGUUUGUGGGGUUUUUUGUACUGGGAAUAGAACUCAGGACCUUACACCUGCCAGGCAGGUGCUGUGCCACUGAGCUGUAUCCCCCGGUGAGCAAAGUGGUUUUAAGAGCACACUCACAUGUGAUAAAUUCCUAUUUUAGGAUUAAAAAAGACAUCUAGCCCAGGUCACUGAAAUGAAAUUGGUCAUUACAAAAUCAAAAUAUCUUGAGUCACUGAAAAAACUUUAUUUUCAGGAAUAUGAGUAAAGUUUUUUAAAGAAUUUGAAAAACACUGAGUUUCCAUUAAUGACAGCAUCUGAAUUAUCCAACUGCAUGAAAAUGAAGUAUACCAUCGUUUAAGACCAAACAUUUGAGUCAUAGGCAAAAAACUUAAAUAUAUGUAACUUGAACUUCAUAAAUGUGAAGAUUAUCACUUCUUUGUAUGGCCAGUCACCACCAGAAGUAUUUCAAUACAGAAAUAUACUAAAUUACAUUUAAAAAUGUGAUUCCUGUUGUUUUUAGUUAUUCAGAAAUAUGUGAUUGUAGUGUCCUUAAUUUAAAGCACUAUUUAUUAUUAAGUUAUUCUAGGGUAACUGAAAUAAUCCAAAGAAAUGAAACGUAAUCUGAGACAUAGAUGGAAUUUUUGCCUCCUCCUUGCAAUCCUUUGAAUGCCUCAAAGAGUAGUUCUUAUAAAUGGCCAAUUUGUGUUGAUUCCUCCGUUUGAUUAAAGGCAAUGUGUGCUACUUACAGGGUGGAAAAAUAAUAGAUAGCAAAUCGCCUUAGCUUUUAAAAAGAUAAUUUAUUAGCAGAGUAUAUUUGAGGAGCUUAUCUGAUCAAAAUUAUAUCUGUUGAGCAUUUCUGAUUUUAAAAACAGUCUUAGCUGUUGAAGUAUUUCUGUAUUUCACUUUGGGGGCAGCAGAGACAUAUAACCAUCACAGACUACAAGUUACAAUUGCAGUUCGCAUCUGACAAAGAACCUGACUUGACUGUCGUAGGUUGCCGUAGGUAUCCGGUAAACCAGUCAUUGUUUUAGAGUUACAUUGUGUUUCAUAUUUCUCAUUUCCGCAGUUUUCUGUAAAGACGGUAAGAGGUGAGCUGUUUACUCGCCUGUUUUACUGACUCUCACCUUCGAGGUGAUGGUCAAUGCUCGCUGCUCCAUCUUUACUGUUAAUUUAUGACAACUCAGGGGGAAAAUAUAACAAGCCUAGUUUGGUUCCAGGUAAACACAAGCUUGAAUAUUUCUCUGCACUGAAAGGAGAGUGGCAUAGCUCAUCACCACCGGCUACAUUUUGUAUAGCAUUUUAUCAGCCAUAGAAAUAGGACAAUCCGUAAAACUCCGAGGAAGGUGCAGGAGGAAACAAAGCAUCUGUCUAAAACAGAUGCGCCUGAAACAAGCAAGGUGGGUGUAGCAGAGCUGUCGCAGCUUGAGGAGAACCCGAGCUGGGGCAGCUCUGCGUAUUUACACAACUUCAGCACUUUACAGCAUAUUUUGUACUAUGAAUGUUCAAUGCAAUUUAAUAUUUAUAAACUGAUUUCUGAGAGAUCUGCUCUAUGUCCAUUCUGUUAACUGCAUGAGAAAAAAAAUGUAUGCCAAUUUCAGUAUGUCAAUAAUCAAGGUUUUAAAUGUUUGGAAGAAAACAAAAAUAAGACUGCUGAUUUGUUCUGUAUUAGUGACAUUCUGGUACUUCUAGAUUUGCAAUAAAUUUAUGGCUUUUUUAUAUAAAGAGA